UAUAAAGGAUUUUUUUUACAUAAAAUAAAAUAAAAUCUGUACUUGUUUAACUCCAAUGAAAUUUAAAUUUCUUCUUCAUAUAGAUCUUCAACAACGGUGAUGCACACAACGAAUUAUGGUACAUGACCUGGGAAAAGAUCGGAGAAUUUUUACCUAACCUGAAGGAUGAACUCUUCCCUCAAGCUAAAGAAUCUGCCGCUUCGGAUGUUCCUGGUUCAGUACAAACGCCGCUGGUGGUGCCGAAUCUAAUGGCAGUUCCUAACAGUACGCCUCCUAAUCCAAUAUCGAAUUCACCACCUGACAGACACCCUGUACACGCCCAAACACCGAUACACUCUGGUCAGACCUCCCCAGUCACCAUCGUUACUCCCAUAGUGACUCCCGUCACGCCCACAGUAACCCCCGGUAUGGUGCCCAUACGAAACCCCCUCUACGACCAAGCAGGACUCACCUCAUCAGUUCUACUGCAGCCUUUGAACGAGAUGAUAUCCACACCGAUAGGUAUAUCGAUACAGUCACAAAUACCGAUCCUGUACCCGCAGACCACCACAGAACUCCUUCAGACUCAAAACGCACCGACGCAGCCGAGCAAAACUGAACUCAAUUCGGUAUCAACAGAGCCUAUGUUACCACAUCCGGUUGAACCCGUCGAUAUACAGCGGGGCGAAUUGUACGCAGAGUAUCUGACGAAUCCGUAUCACGAGACUAAAGAUUUAUCUUCGAAAGAUGCCACAUUAUACGAUCCAGAAAGUCUUACUAUUGACCGAACAGUGCAGAGCCAUGAAAGUAGCGACUUGCGGAAUCCUUUACUGGACGUUUUAGAGAAACAGAAAUCGUUGAGUGCGAACGCCACCCCUAUGCAUAAUGCGAAUAAAGCUCAAUUCGGAUCUAGCGACAACGUGCGACAGGAGUCUAGUAUAUUCAAUUUCACCAGUUACUUCGGCUCAGUGAACGAAAGGAACUCUGAGGUGUUCGACACGCUCAUGUCCACGCAGGAGGGAUAGCUCGAUUGUGACGUGGGCACUUGGCUAUAAAUUAGUCUAAAUUAUACAAUUGAUUAAAUACAAAGUCAUGUAAAAUUAUCACAAUUCUCAGAAAAAGAGUUUUGCAAUUAUACUAUAAUAUUUUAUUAGUCAACGUACUUGGAAUUAAUUUUAUUUCAUGUGAUUGUAUAAUCACGUUUGAAAAUAUGUGUAAUUUUGAUGAUAACUUUCUUAUUGCAAAGAGAAUAAGGUAUAAAUUUUUAUGACUUUGUAAUUUAUGAUAUACUGUAAUAUAUUUAAACUGUUGUUUCCUAGUUGAAAAUUAAUCUUGUCAAAUUAUACACGAGCGUCAAAAUUCACAUCGAUAUUAUAUUCAGAAUUAAAAUCGUCGCAGACUAGUUAGUUGUCAGUAUAGUUGUGUAAAUUCGAUCUGAUCAUAUAUAAAUAAAUAAAUAAAAAACGUAACUACAUAGUAGCUUUGGAAUGUGAAAUAAAUAUAAAAUUAUUAUAAAUUAUUUAACUGAUUGAUAAUCAACUGAUUUUGAUCAAAUAUAGCUUAGUUUGACUUUACACAACCCCUGACAAUGAUAGAUGGCGCUAACUGUACUUAUAUAAAUAUGAAAGUAUUUUUAAUUGAAUAUUAAAAAGAAUUAUAAAUCAUUUACUGUUUUUUAGCAUUCAUUAAAGUGUUCUUGAUACAAAUUAUUAUUUUAAUAUAUUUUAACUGUUAUAUAAAACUUAAAAUUAUUGGAUAUAAUUAAGAAGCAAGUUAUGACCUUCGUGGGCUUGAAAACAAUUUCUUAUAUUUUAUCCGUCUUUUUUUAAUUAUAUUUAAUGUUCUAUAUUACGUUAUGACAUGAACUGUAUGUUUUACACAUUACUGACUAUUUGCAAAAGGCUAUGUAGCGUUAACAGAAAUAUACUAACCGUUCACUUCGAGUUGGCCAUUGACGAGUACGUUACUAAAUGACGUCAUAGGCACAUGAACUGGUACCGUCGACAAAGG